AUGGAUGAUAGACUGACCGCUGGUUGCUGUGAACGGGCGGGCGCUAUGGGUAACGGUGCGUCGGCUUCGAAGUACAAGGCGCAACAUGAGCCCUUGCAGAAGACAGCGUCGGAGGAUGGGAACACAUCUAUGCUGGCAGAGGAGGUGCUCGACGCGAAGAGCUUUAACGAACGUGGAUGGCAAAGACUAGUUGGCGAUGAAAUAGAAGGUGCCAUUGAAGAUUUUGACAAGGCCAUCGAGUUGGACCCAAGUUACGCAGCUGCAUACAACAAUCGUGGCAUUGUCCGAGAGUUGGCUGGACGCGAUGACUUUUCCUUGGACUAUGAUGAGGCUGACCGCUUGACGUCGGAAACACCAGAAGUGCAAGAAAAGCUUCGAAAGGCUCGAAAGUGGAAACAGAUCGGCUGGAAAGGUCGUGGGGAAGUGGAAGCUAUGCAGAAAGCUCAGGAUGCCGACUUUUUGACCACGGGCGACAGGUCGCGCAAUGAUGAACUCCUUCGAAUCUUGAAGAACGAGAAGGUCCUGUUUCGUGGAGAGCUGCGCUCCGUGACUUUUUGCACCGACAAAUCCUUGUCUAUAGCGCAUAGGGUGGUUUGCUCUCAGACAGCCUCAUUGAGGAAAGACGGUGAGUUCCCAGCUUGGUUCAAGGAGUACAUGGAAGCAGCUCUGAGGACGCGGCAUGGAGUAUUGAUCUUGAAUAUGACAGAAGGAUACCUCAAGUCAAAGGCUUGCAGGUGGGAGUUUGGUUACAUCCGUCGCCCUGAAUUGGUGAACGUCUUGAUUCCAGGUGAUCCGUGCAAGAUUGUGCCUUGGGAAGAGCUGGCCCAAAAUGCAGAACUUUGCCAAGAAGUUUUCAACUCCAAGAGAUUUUCGGAGGCUAUGAUGUCGCAAGACCUGAAGCAAGAGAAGGCCAAGACCUUGGAGCAGAUGAGUAAGCUUGCAAAACUUGCCAAUGAGCAGGAGUUUCAGGCCUGGUGUGAGCUGCCUCUUCGGCAGGUGGCCUAUGCAUUUUCCAUGCGUCACUUCGAGGAGGAGAAGGAGGAGGAGAGCGAGAAGAUCAGCGAGAGCAGCUUUCAAUUGGCUCGGGUUUGCCUGGAGACUGGAUUCGCAGCGAGGGCCAAGGAGUUGUUGGAGAAGCUUUUGGGAUCCCAUCAAACGGGAAACCUGGGCCUAGACAACCCUGGUUUGGCGAAUCUGUUGAGGUAUCUUGCAAAUGCGCACGGUGCCUUAGGUGAUGAUAGGCAAAAGAAGGAGAUGCUGGAGCGUGCGUUGAAGCUUCUGGAACAACACUGUGGCUCGGUCGACCCAGAGGUGGCCAUUACGUUGGUGAAUCUUGGAAGCGCCCACGAAUCCUUGGGCGAUUACAAGAUGGCCAAGGAGAUGCUGGGGCGGGCUUUGAAGAUUGAGGAGCACCACUAUGGCUUGGACCAUCCAGUUGUGGCGAAAACCUUGGUGAAUCUUGGAAAUAUCCAUGGUGACCUCGGCGAUCAAAGGCAGAAGAAGGAGAUGCUGGAGCGUGCUUUGAAGAUUCUGGAACAAAGCUAUGGCUCGGACCAUCCAGAGGUGGCUAUUACGCUGACAAAUCUUGGAAAUGCCAAUGGAUGCUUGGGCGAUCACAGAAGGGCCAAGGAGAUGCUGGAGAGGGCCUUGAAGAUUAAAGAACAACACUAUGGCUCGGACCAUCCGGAGGUGGCGAUUGUUUUGGUGAAUCUUGGAGCUCCCUACGGACAAUUGGGCGCUCACAGCCAGACGAAGGAGAUACUGGAGCGUGCUUUGAAGAUUUUGGAACAACACUAUGGCUCGGACCAUCCAGAUGUGGCCAAGACGUUGACCAAUCUUGGAAGUGCUCACCUCAAGUUGGGCGAUCACACCAGGGGCAAGCAGAUGCUGGAGAGGGCCUUGAAGUUUCAGGAGCGUUACUAUGGCUCGGACCAUCCAGAGGUGGCCGAUACGUUGGACAAACUUGUAGCUGCACGACUUUUGCUGGACGAUUUGGACGCGGCCAAGGAGAUGCUGGAGCGCUCCGUGAAGAUCGAAAUGGAGUUUCUUUCGGCACUUAUCGCCUCGCCAGGGCAGCCUUUUGUUUUGGGGCCUCAAGCACAAGCUUCGGGAGCGCCAUCGGCUGCCGCGUCCGCUGGACCGUCGACGUUGACCAUGGACACUGGGUUUCAGAACAUGAUGGUCGAAAUGCUUCGCCAACAAGCACAGUUGAUGGCCCAGAACCAGCAACUUGUUGCCACGAUGUUGCGGAAGAUGGACCUGGAAGAAGAGCGUCGAGAACGAGCCGAACAAGCUGCCGCGGCGGCUGCAGAAGAGGCAAAAAGGGCGGCUGUGGCUGCUUCUGCAGGGUCUGUGGUCUUGUUUUGCAGUGCCAACCACGAGCUCAACGUCUCCAGGAACUGGUGCCGCGUCUCUAUCUCCUUCGAGCAUUGUGGGAAGAGAGGACAUCGCAGGCAGCUUAAGAAGGAGCGGAAGGCAUUCGAUGGCAAAGACGGAAAAGGAGAUGGCAAAGGUGGGAAAAGCGGAAAAGACCGAAAGGGCAAGCCCUCCGGCAAGAAAGGGGACGGCAAGAACCCCGAUGCUAAGGGCGCUGGAAAGGGUGGAAAGCCUGAGAAGAAAGAUAACAGGAAGGAAAAGAAGAAGGGCAACGGUGGAAAAACGAGAGCUAUGACUGGCGAGCCUGAGUCUGAGCGAAUGGCGGACCAGGAGGAGCAGUAUCAGGAGGAGCAGUGGGGCCCUUGGGCCGCGGCGCCUGGAGAUGUUCUGGGCGCAACAGCCGUGGCGGAAGUGCUUAUGGAGGCUACAGUUGGGCCAGUGGAGGCGGCAGAAGCUUUGAGUUAUGCUGUGCCGAAGGCCCCGUGGAUUCGAUACAUCUGUGGCAGGGGCCCGAUUGGACCUAAGGGCUGCCACCGAGACUGCCAAGCAGCAGUCAAGGGCUGUAGAGAGUCGGAACUGCAGCGUUUACCGAUGGAGCCCUUGGAGUUCCGCUCCAACUUUACCAUGCGGUGGCCGCCUCCUGGAGCAUUUCAAUGGAUUGUUUUUCUUGGAUCUUUCAGCGGCUUCGACGAAGAAGUUCCCGGCUCGGCGGUGUCGAUUACGGCUGGUAUUUUUCCUGCCCCUUUGACUUCCGAAGCGGCCACCCUGACCGAGGACAUCGAGAAGAAGCAGGACGACCUCAAGGAUCUCUUCGAUCUUGCCGUUGUUCUUACAGAACUUGGGAUUUCUUUGGGUCAAGUGAUGGCUGAGCUGCGCGGGGAAAGAAGCCAUAUGGCUUUUGCCGACUUGGUACAAAUGAGACUCUUCGUCAAGGCGCUGUCCGAAUGGGACAAAAUGACUCCCGAGCAACAAGAUCGUAUCCGCGAAGAGGCGCUCUCAAGACUGGUACUGGGCAUGAUGCGCCACUGUACGAAGUCGAGGACUGGUGCGGCAGAGCCGCCGUUCCCGCCGCCACCGGCACCUGGAAGGUGUGACAAUGAGAACUUGUUGCUUGCGUUUGCAAACCACAUGUCUGGAAAGCGGAAGCAUCUUGGCGUUGAAAGGGUCAUGGUGGACCCCGACCGCCGUGUCCUGGACGUAGAAGACCCCGAAAGGCCCAUCAACGAGGAAGAGCUGAUUCCAGAUGUUCCCCUGGAGUGCCACCAGGAAAUGGACGUUGAUGGAGACACUUUUAUGGAAGACAUAGAGGCGGUCAUGGUAGACUGGUUAAAUCACGAAUCGCUCCUGAACGUUUUCAAGGGACCAGAUCUUCGCUACCUCCGCUCUGCAGACACGUGGUGA